AUGCAAGACUCGUUCGCAGAUGGACGAGCCGAUCCCGAGCAAGACGAUGGUGACGGCGACGAGAGUGCCGCGCAGCAGAGACCGGGAAGGCUGCGCUCCGCCACGCUUUCGUCACUCUCGUUCGACUUUGCGUCCAACCUGCUUCCACUCCCGCUUUCGGAAGAUGAGACGAACAACCGUCGCACAGUGCCAGAGAGACCGCUCGGCUUGGUCAACGGCAUCGCGCUCGUCGUCGGUCUUCAGAUUGGCUCCGGCAUCUUCUCCACGCCCGGUACGAUCACUGCAGACACAGGCUCAGUCGGUGCCUCACUCCUCGUCUGGCUCGGCUCCGGUUUGCUCGCAUGGACGGGUGCUGCUUCCUUCGCCGAGCUGGGCUCUGCCAUCCCGCUCAACGGCGGCGCACAAGCCUAUCUCAAUUACAGCUUCGGCAGCGUCAUGAGCUUUGAAUUCAGUUGGACGGCCAUCAUGGCCCUCAAGCCUGGCUCCGCUGCCAUCAUUGCCAUCAUCUUUGGCGAGUACGUUUGCAGGAUCAUCUUCAACACCGCCGUCACGGUAGAAGGCGACAUACUCCAAGACGUGCCAGUCCUCGCCAUCAAAGGCGUCGCCAUUGCUUCCGUUGCCGGCGUCAGCUUGCUCAAUGCUCUGAGCACACACAUCGGCACACGAGCUCAGAUUGUGCUGACAUCCUCAAAACUUCUUGCCCUUGUUGCAAUCGCCGUCAUGGGCUUUGUGCAGCUGGGCCUCGGCCGACAAUCGCCUAGUUUGCAGCAAGACAUCUUCCGAGGCUCAUCUCACUCUCCGGGCAAGUAUGCUCUCGCGCUCUAUUCGAGUUUGUGGUCCUAUGACGGUUGGGAUCAGACGAAUUAUAUCGCUGGAGAGAUGGAAGACACCGCCCGUGACCUGCCUCGAGUCAUACAUAUUUCCAUGUCGACCGUCAUCUCACUGUUCCUAGUCGCCAACAUAUGUUACUUCAUUGUGCUGCCGCAGGAUAUAGUCGCACAUUCCAAUACAGUUGCGCUCGAUUUCGGCCGCGCGCUUUUCGGGCCCGUCGGCGGCCUAGCUUUUGCGGCCAUUGUAGCCGUGUCAUGCUUUGGCGCGCUCAACAGCUCGCUUUACACCAGCGCACGACUGAUAUAUGCCGCCGGCAAGGAAGGCUAUUUGCCAAAGUAUUUUGCUCGCCUGCACCCAAAGAGAGAGACGCCGGUCAACUCGAUUAUAUUACAGUCAGCCUUGACCGUCGUCAUGAUACUCAUAGGUAACUUCAGGUCACUCGUCUCCUUCUACGGAGUCUGCUCCUGGUUCUGGUAUCUCGCCACCGUCACAGGCCUCCUCUACCUCCGUGUACGUGAGCCCGAGCUGCAAAGACCUUAUCGAACUUGGCUGCCCACGCCCAUCAUUUUCAGCAUUGUUGCCAUCUUCCUGAUGAUCAUGCCUUGCUUCAGCGCGCCUCUCGAAGCUUUAGCUGCAUUCGGCUUCAUCGCGCUGGGUCUGCCCGUUUACUACCUGACAAAGGGCGCCGAGCGGUCGAGCUUUUCGUAUUCCUCGCUCGUGACGCCUUUUGCGAGCAAAGCACCGCAAGAAGACACUAGCUUGAGGGAUGAGCGAUUGGAGAUGAGAUCCGGUCUCAAUGUCGAGCGCAUGCCAUUGAGCAGGAUAUCGGAGGCGACAGAGGAAUGA